AUGAGCGCCAUAGGGUCGAAGGCAAAAGAAAAUCCUCCACAUGAUGGAGAAAUGCCAACUGCAGCCUUGCAUAAUGGGAUAUCCAUAUCGUUGAUUGGCUUGGGCUGCGCCAGCGGAGUGCGACGGCAACAUGUGAAAGCGGCACUUGAAUCCGGUUACACGUUUCUGGACACGGCCCAAGCGUAUCAAUGGGGCUAUCAAGAACAUGAAGUCGCAGAAGCCCUGAAACAAUAUCUUGAAACUAAUGAAAAUGCGGAAGUCUUUGUGCAGACAAAGGUACAUCCGGAAAACCUCGGCUAUGAUGCCACUACAAAAAUGGUUCACGAGAGCAUUGAUAGAUUCGAGGGGCACCUAGAUUCGGUACUCAUACAUAAACCAAAGUGUUGGCCGGGCGCAUGUAGUCGCGAGCCAGAAGGCACCUGGGCAGAUAGUUGGAGAGCGCUAGAGGAUCUUCACGACCAGGGAUUGAUCAGAGCUAUAGGAAUAUGCGACGUUGACAAAUGGUUGUUGAAAGAAUUGCUUCGACAGCGGAUCAAACCGCACAUUAUUCAGAAUUGGAUGGAUCCGCUUCACCAAGAUUUAGAGGUCCGAGAUUUUAUACUAUCGCUUGGCAUUCAAUAUCAAGCAUACUCUUCUCUCGGGACACAGUGGGUACAUUUCAGAGGCUACGAGAACAACCCUGUGUUGACAAACCCAAUAUUGCAAUCGAUAGCUGCAAAAUACGGUGUGGACGUAGCACAAGUUGUAAUCAAUUGGGCGACUAGAAAAGGGAUAUCGGUACUUCCAGCAUCCAAAAAUCCAUCUAGACAACAAAGCAACCUCCAUAGCACUACAACUUUUGAUCUCUUGGACGACGAAAUGGCCAUGAUUGACGCCCUAGAUGGUGACCUACCAGAAAAACAUCACGCUACGAAAGUCCAGGUCCACUUUGAAAAUCCAAGGAACGAUGGGGGGAGUAUUGACGCCUUCUGGUUGUCGGACGCGGACAAUAGUGAAGUGCCAAUUGGAUCUAUAGCCGCUGGAAGCGCAAUAUCAAUGACAUCAUAUCAUGGCCACACGUUUGUCUUUCGGGACCCAUCGAAUGAGAAUGCGCUCUUGAGUGAGUAUAAAGUGGACACAAAAUCUGGAUCCGAGCACCGCCAUGUCAUACCCUUUGAUGACGAAGAACUGUAA